AUACAUCAUCCAUCUGACAUCGGUUAGGGCGACAACUGACAUCAUCCUCCUACUCGUAACAGUAUUUUUUUUUUUCUAUUUUUUUAAGACGACUAUAAGAGUCCACUUACCAUCUUUUUAUUAUUGAUGGCAUUUUUUUCCACUGGGGUCCAAAAUAGUCGCUGUAUAACACACAAAAUUCUCACACUCUUCUUUAAGGUGGACGUUGACAAUACCCUUUCAUUUUCACACCACUUCAUCAUUUUCUUGAAUCCAAAUCCUCUCAAAAAAUUUCCAUCUGAAAUAAAAAGAAUCCUCAAUGGGAGAAAUGGUUGAAUCAUAUUAUUCUAAUGAAGAUUUACCACUCCACCACCAUUCCAACCCUGUCCAAAGCCCCUUAUCCACCCCUCUACAAGUUAUCACCGUCCUAAACGGCGGAUGUGGGGGCGGUUCCAUGGGAAGGACACCGAUGAAUGGAGAAAUGCAAGGAAGCGAUUGCCCUGACGCUUGGCUUCCUAUAACGGAAUCAAGAAAUGGAAACACUUUCACUUCAGUUUUUCAUUUACUUUCUUCAGGAAUUGGAUUCCAAGGACUCCUACUUCCCCUGGCACUUUCCAGUCUUGGAUGGUGGUGGGGAAUCGUAUGUUUCUGGGUUGCAGUUGCGUGGCAAUUUUACACAAAAUGGAUUCUAGUACAGCUCCACGAGGUGGUUCCUGGAUCCCGUUGCAGUAGAUUUCUUCAACUUGCUAUCCCGGCCUUUUGUCCAAAGUUGGGAAAAUUACUGGCAAUAUUUCCAGUAUUGUACCUAUCAGGAGGCACAUGUGUGAUACUAAUAAUAGCAGGAGGAAAGACAUUGGAGCUUUUCUUUCACACUGUAUGUGAUGCCAAAUCAUUGAGUGGGAUAGAGUGGUUUUUAGUAUUCACUUGUAUCGCGAUUGUGUUAGCUCAACGACCUAACUUGAAUUCUAUUGUUCUGUUCUCUCUGUUUGGUGCAAUCACGGCCGUUGGAUAUUAUACUCUGAUUUGGGUAUCUACCAUAUCUAACGGUAGACCUGAUGGUGUGUCUCAUGUCCCCCUACAGACAGAGAAAUCUCGUAUGGAAAAAAUUAGCGCUGUUCUGAAUGCUGUUGGAAUAGUUGCUCUUUCUUUUCGAGGUCACAAUCUGGUGCUUGAGAUUCAGGGAACUUUGCCUUCAAAUUCAAAAAAUCCAUCAAGGAAAGUGAUGUGGAGAGCAGUGCUUAUAUCAUAUCCUUUAAUAGCCGUAUGCUUGUUUCCUCUAGCAAUAGUAGGAUUUUGGGCUUAUGGAGACAAGAUGUUCAACAAAGUUGGAAACAUAAGCAUAGUUUUGGAAUUCUACAACCAAAAGGCCUCAAAAGUCAUGAAGGGUAUAAUGUACAUGUUAGUAAUAGUAAAAUGCUUCAGUUCAUUCCAAAUUUAUGCUAUGCCAGUGUUUGACAAUUUAGAGUUGAGGUACAUCAACAUAAAAAAUAGCCGGUGCUCGCGAUGGGUUCGUUUCAGCCUGCGGGUCUUGUUCGGAGUACUUACAUUCUUUGUAGCUAUUACUUUUCCAUUUUUGCCAAGCUUGGCAGCUUUAAUUGGAGGAAUGGCAUUACCUCUAACUUUUGUUUAUCCUUGCUUUAUGUGGAUUUCAAUCAAGAAACCUCGGAGAAAUGGUUCCAUGUGGUGUCUUAAUUUAGGGCUUGGGUGCUUAGGCUUGCUUUUGAGUUCUUCAUUAGUAAUGGCUGCAAUAUGGAAUUUAGCCACCAAAGGGUUAAAAGCCAACUUCUUCAAGCCAUAAUGGUUAUGUAGCUUUUAGGUAAUUUUUGUAAAUCUUACUGAAAUAUGAACUAAUGUAACAAAAUGUAUGUAUUCGGUUAAAUACAUUCAUUACGACUUACUGAAUAUAGUUUGACCGUUGAUUUC